AACAAGUCCCGGCUAGCAUUGAUAGUGGUUACUGACCAGACUAGAUUUCACCCGGCUCCAUAUAUAAGAAGGUAAAGACCACCUUCCAGACGCAUUCUCACACACCGCCUACAACAUGAAGCUGAUCAUCCUCGCCUCCUUGGCCGUCGUGUCCCUGGCCGCCCCCAGGCCCGACAAACCAGUCCCAGCCCCAGCCCCCUCCUACGGCGCCCCUUCCCAGAGAUCCUUCGACCACUCCGUCGAAAAUAUAGCCAUCCUCCGCGACGAGAGGCAGAUGUCUGACGACGCCACCAGCUACAACUUCGCCAUUGAGACUGAGGACGGAAUCCAACGAGAGGAAUUCGGUUCCGCCAUCGACCACGGAAGCGCUGAAGGAGCCGUCGCUCAGAGCGGAAAGGUCUCCUUCACCCUCCCCGACGGCCAACAGUUCGAGCUGACCUUCGUGGCUGACGAGAAUGGCUUCCAGCCCCAGUCUUCCUUCCUGCCAGUCGCUCCCGAAUUCCCCCACGAGAUUCCCCAGUUCGUCCUCGACCAGAUCGAAAAGGCAAGACGCGAGGACGAGGAGGCUGCCCGCUCCGGCCCACGAAGCAGCGGUGCCCCAUCUCAGGGAUACGCAUAAGUCCUCCGACGCCACAUACCAACAGCUUCCAGGACCCUCGAAAAAGCAUUUUAUCCGACUGCAAAGUUAACCUAACUCCUAUUUAUUGUUUCUAUUUAUGAAUACAGAUCGAAAACAGAUCAUCAUGAUCGAAUCGACUGUAAAUCUUAACAAUAAAACUGACAGAUA